AUGACUUCCCACAACAACGAGGAUUUUUUCGAGUUUAAGAUGAAUCCCAAGAUGGAGUACCGUCGGUUGGGUCCCAGCGGACUCCGCGUAUCCGCUCUUUCAUUGGGUGGAUGGCUUACGCUCGGAGGAACCGUCAAGGGUGAUCCCGUCAAGGAGAUUGUUAAAAAGGCCUGGGAGAACGGUAUCAACUUUAUCGACACGGCCGAGGCAUAUGCUCAGGGCAAUUCCGAGCGCGAAAUUGGACGUGUUCUCAAGGAGCUAAAGAUUCGGCGAAGCGAUCUCGUGCUGAGCACAAAGGUGUUCUUUGGCGUUCGCAAAGGACCGAAUGCGACUGGUCUCUCGCGAAAACACAUCAUCGAGGGUCUCCAUGAAUCCCUUGAACGCCUCCAGACGCCCUAUGUUGAUAUUUAUUUCGCUCACCGACCUGAUCCGACUGUCCCGAUGGAAGAGGUUGUUCGUGCGUUCAACUAUUGCAUCAAUGCUGGUCUUGCACACUACUGGGCCACAUCUGAGUGGAGUGCUCGUGAGAUUGAAGAGGCGUUCCAUGUCGCGGACAAGCUUGGUCUCGUAGGACCUAUCGCCGAGCAAGCUCAACACAACUUGCUUCACCGUGAACGACCGGAAGUCGAAUAUGCACCGAUAUAUGCCAAAUACGGCAUCAAGACGACCGUAUGGAGUGCGCUCGCCUCGGGUAAGCUGACGGGCAAGUACAACGAUGGUAUCCCAAAGGAUUCAAGGUUCGCCAACCAUUCUGAGUUCUUCAAGGACACGGUCGCAAAGCUCGAGAGUCCCGAAGGCAAAGCCGAACUCGACAAAAUACGUGCACUCACAAAAUAUGCCCGUGAAGAGCUCAAUACGGGUAUCAUUCCCCUCUCCCUUGCUUACAUCGCCGCCAUGCCAAACACCGGAACAAUCAUCCUUGGUGCAAGCAAGCCCGAGCAAUUGGACGAACAGUUUGAGGCGCUCGAUUUGAUCCCAAGGAUCACGGAAGAAGUUAGAGAAAAAGUCGAAGCAAUCUUGGACAACAAGCCCAAGGAACCGUAA